AUGAAUAAUUUUGUGGAAGCAAGGAUAAUAUGCAAGGAGAAUUUGGAAGAUCACGGGGUUGAAGUCCUCCUGUACCAUGAAGGGUUUUGGGGAGCAGCAGCCCUCCAUAUUCUCACGGGUCAGGUGGUACCCACGUAUCAGGAGGAGAACCAGAGAAUAGAACGGAGGUCUGAGCAAAACUUAGAUCAAAUACUCACACUGCUGCUGCCUGUUGCUGAGUGGAAGACAGCAGAAAACCUGGAUCAAACCUCUAUUGGGUUUUUGUUUUGCUUGUUUUGUUUCCUUUCAUUUUGCCUUAAGAAGAUGAACAAUGAAACCACAACCCUGAUAUCCUUGAAGGAGUCAGUGAAAAGAGCAGAACACAAACUCCAAGCUUUAGAAGCACAGUUCAAAGAACUGGACUUCACAAAAGAUAAUCUGACACAGAAAUUUGAACAUCAUAGCAAGACAUUGGCAAGCCAGGCAGCCCAAGAUGAGCUGUGGACAGCAGUUCUGGCAGUCAAGUUCACGUCAAUGGAAUUGAAUAUUUUAUACAGCUACGUCAUUGAAGUACUCAUCUGUUUGCACACUCGUGUGCUUGAGAAGCUGCCAGACCUGGUGAGAGGUCUUCCCACCUUGGCCUCCGUCCUUAGACGAAAAGUCAAGAACAAGCGCGUUAGAAUUGUGUGGGAGUCUGUCCUGGAGGAGUAUGGGCUGCAAGAAGGAGAUAUCACAGCACUUUGCACCUUCUUUAUUGCACAUGGUAACAAGGCGGAACACUUCACGGCUAAAGUGAGGCAGAUGUACAUCAGGGAUGUCACUGUCUUGAUCACUAACAUGGUAAAGAACCAGGCUCUGCAGGAGGGUUUGCUGAGGGCUGUUCAGGUCAUUGAGAAGGGGAAAGCAGUGAGGGCCCCUGAAGAGCAAAAGUCAUUCCUAAAAGAGUUGAUACCAUCAGUCAAAAACUAACCUGUUACCCUAUGACCUAGCAAUUCCACUUCUGGUAAUUUAUCUUGCA